AUGAUAUGGUUCCGUGCUCAUGGUAUACGCAUCGACCACACCGAUUGCAGCAUUAUCAUUCCUAUCAAACAUGGCAAUGGGACGGUGGUAUUGUAUGGCAAUGAAGCUGAAGACCAGGACGGCGCGUUUGAAGACAAGGAAGCAGGAGCCGUAUUUGCUGUGAAUAUCUUUGGUGGUGACGAUGCGCAAGUGGACAAGAUUGAGGAGCAAGAGCAUGCUGGCAUUUUUAUGACAAGUGUCGCUGACAAGUCUCAUUGUGCUGUUGACGAACCACCGGACAACGAUGCAACCAGGCUUUUGCGUUUUUACAAGGAAGAGUUGCUAGGAAACGCGAGUGUGGCUGAAAAUGAUGAUGUAUCAGUGCCGGCGGAGAUCAACACCCUUUUGAGCCAAUACCAUCAUUGUUUUGUGGAACACAGUGGUUUGGGUCGUGUAAAGGGUUAUGAACAUCACAUUCCUUUGCAAGACACAACCCCUGUACGAUCAAAACCAUACCGUCUUACGUGGGAAGAAGAGGAUCACUUACGCAAGGAAUUGGCAACCAUGACAGACCUUGGGCUCAUAAGACCUUCAAAAGGAACCUGGACCUCCCCUAUUUUCUUUGUUCGAAAGAAAACCGGUGAAUUACGACUUGUCAUCGAUUACCGCCAAAUGAAUUCGAAAACGGUUAAGGACGCUUAUCCACUUCCCCACUUGGAUGAUCUACUUGGGUCUAUGGCUGGAGCGCAAAUCUUCUCGACAUUGGACGCUGCCAGUGGGUAUUGGCAGAUACCCUUGGCUCAGGAGGCUAUUGAGUUGAGUGGUUUUGUCACAAAAUACGGGACAUACGAGUUUACAGUUAUGCCAUUCGGCUUGACAUCCGCCCCAGCGUGCUUCCAAAGAACCAUGACAAGUCUUCUUGGACCCUUUAUCAGCAAAUUUGCUUUCGUCUUUAUCGAUGAUAUUAUCAUCUUUUCUUCAUCACUGCAAGAUCAUGUCAACCACCUGGAACAAGUUUUACAAGUUUGUGACCAAGCCGGUUUACGUUUGAAAAAGGCCAAGUGCGAUUUUGCUCGAUCCUACGUUGAGUAUCUCGGCCACAUCGUUUCAAGUGAAGGCUUAUUACCAUCCCCAAGUAAUGUCACCAAGAUCCGCAAGAUGCAAGCCCCUCAAAACAUUGAUCAAGUACGAUCCUUUAUUGGAAUGGUGAAUUAUUAUCGGCGCCAUAUUCCUGAAUGUGCUCAACUCUUGCACCCCAUCUCUCGAUUGAUACGGCGUAAAGGAAGAUUUUAUUGGGGACCCGAGCAAGAAGCUGCUUUCACACACAUCAAGAUACUUUUGACAGGGCCACCAAUUUUGGCGUACCCGGAUCGCAAUCAAGUACCCAUCUUAACAACGGAUGCUUCUGGUGAAGCGUUAGGAGCCAUCUUAUCCCAAAGUCCCGAUGGAAGUGACGAUGAGGAAACAGUGGUUCCAUUCGAAUCACGUGUCUUACGUGGACCUGAAUUAUCUUACGCUGCUGUUCAUCAAGAGGCACUUGCAAUUGUAUGGGCCGUGAACAAGUUUCGUCAUUACCUAUCAGGACGCCAUUUCAUUCUUCGUACCGACAACUCUGCUUUGACCUAUAUUUUAUCCAACGACAAGCCCAGCCCCAAGCUGCAAAGAUGGGCAGCCGCUCUUUUAGAAUACAACUUUUCGAUUCAACAUCAUCCAGGACACCGCAACCCUGCCGAUGCACAUUCAAGGCUCCUUCCUUAUUGA